AUGAGUUUUCAGCGAUUCCACGACACAUGGUUUGAGCAGCUCCGCCACCUGGUGCACCAGCUAAACCAAGCCCCAAGACCGCCCACCACGGAGGAGCAAUACCACCACCUACGCCAGCUGGUCAACAAGGUCAUGUCCCACUGCGCUGAGUACUACAGAGUCAAAUCUCUCGCCAUCAAGCAGGACGUACUGUCCUUCUCCACCGCGCCGUGGACUACCUCCCUUGAGCGCUCUCUCCACUGGAUCGGCGGGUGGCGACCGACCACCGUCUUCCACCUUGUGUACACCGAGUCCAGCAUCCUUUUUGAGUCCCGUGUGGUGGAUAUUCUCCGCGGGUUCCGUACCGGAGACCUCGGGGACCUCUCUCCCGGCCAGUUCCGUCGUGUCAGCGAGCUUCAGUGUGAGACUGUGAAUGGAGAAAAUGCAAUUACCGAUGAACUCUCCGAGUGGCAGGAUAGUGCAAGUGAUAUAGUGGGAUUAUGUGGAGAUUUUGAUGAGAAGAUGGAAAGACUAGCAAGAAUAUUGAACAAGGCGGACGGCCUCCGGCUGAAGACUAUCGAGACGGUGGUGGAACUCUUGACGCCGCAACAGGCGGCAGAAUUCCUAGUGGCGGCCGCCGAGUUGCACUUUGGAAUUCAUGCAUGGGGUGUUGAACAAGAUCGUCAAAGAGGCAACGUAUGA